ACGCGGAUUGGACCAAGUGCGCAGGCGGUAUCUCGCAUGGGCUUGCUCUUGAAGGCUGCACGGAGAGCGAAUGUCGUCAUGAGCGCUCAGAAGGACAGUAUGGCCACUACGGUUGCUGUCAGUCCCAGCGAAUACCUCCAGCAUUCUGCCGCCUCCACACAAGACUCUCAGCCCUCUCCUCUGGCCCUGCUGGCCGCCACCUGCAGUAAGAUUGGCCCUCCCGCUGCCCAGGCCCCCGUCAGUACCCCUCCGACCCAGCCCACCGCCCGCCGCCUGCACCCCAUCAAGCCUGCCCCCAUCGCCCCCGCGCCCCCUAAGAAUGCCCUGAGCUUCCUGUCGGCCAAGGGCAAUGUGAUCCAGCUACCUGCCGGCCUGGGUGCCUCAGGCUCCAGUCCGAUCCUGCUCACCAUCCAGAGCCCCACGCGUCAGGCCGCCGCCCCGGCCAACAUCCAGUACCAGAUGGUCCCCCAGAUGCAGGGGAUGCAGGGCACGCAGACCAUCCAGAUGAUGCCGCAGGGCAGCCAGAUCCAGCUGAUCCCCGGGACCAACCAGGCCAUCAUCACCACGCCCAUGACCAUGCCAGCUACGGCGCCUGCCCAGGCCCAGCCAGUCGUCACCAUGGCGACGGCCGCGCCCCAGAAGACCGUGGCCAUCAAGCCGUCGACGCAAAAGCGCCGGCAGAACAGCGAGCAGCAGCGGACCAUGGUGCGGCUGCCCAGCGGCCUCACACUGCCCCUCAACGUCACCACGGGUGAACUGGGCACCACGCAAAUACUUACGGAGCAAGGUUCCGUUACCCCUCAGCAGACGCCCGUUAAGACUUCCAGGAGGGGCCGCAAGAAGCAGACGCCUGUGGCAGCGGUAGCCCCUACCCCUGUGGCCCCUCAGCCGGCCUCGCCUUCCCCUGUGGCAGAGCAGAUGGAGUCGUACCUGAUCGAAACCACAGCAGAUAAUCAGCAGAUCAUACAGGCAGGUAACAACCUGCUGAUCGUCCAGAACCCCGGCUCUGCCCAGCAGGUAGUGCAGCAGGUGCAGCUGGUCCAGUCCAAACAGGAACCGCAGCAACAGCAGCUGCAGCACCUGCAGCAACCGCAGCAGCAGCAGCAGCAGCAGCAGAUGGUCCAGAUCCCCUCACAGGCCCUCAAGGUGGUCCAGGCCGCUUCCGCCACCUUGCCCCAGGUCCCCCAGAAACAGCCCGCCCAGAGUCUGCAGAUGGCCUCGACCGAGCCCACGCAGGUGCUGAUUAAGACGGCCUCAGGCGAGUGGCAGGCGGUGCAGCUCCAGGAGACCCUCGCUCCCGCUCAGAUGGCCCCCGUCACCACCUCCGCCCCCGUCAUGAUGAACACCACCACUGCCACGGUCCCCAAGCGCGCACUAGCAGGGGCGCGGAAGGAGCGGACCCUGCCCAAAAUCGCCCCCGCGGGCGGAAUGAUCGCGCUCAACGCCGCCCAGCUGUCGUCAGCGGUGCAGGCGGUGCAGACCAUCAACAUCAAUGGGGUGCAGGUGCAGGGUGUGCCCGUCACCAUCACUAACGCAGGAGGCCAGCAGCACUUGACGGUGCAGACGGUCCCCGGUGGCAGCCUGCAGCUGGGCGGGGUGGCGGGGCAGCAGGUGGAGCAGACGCUGGCGCUGGAGCUGCAGAGCCAGCCGGGGGAGAAGAAGCGGCGCAUGGCCUGCACGUGCCCCAACUGCAAGGACGCGGAGAAGAGGCCAGGCGAGCUGGGCAAGAAGAAGCACAUAUGUCACAUCCCGGGCUGUGAGAAGACGUUCCGCAAGACGUCCCUCCUGCGGGCGCACGUGCGCCUCCACACGGGCGAGAGGCCCUUCGUCUGCAACUGGGUCUUCUGCGGCAAGCGUUUCACCCGCAGUGACGAGCUGCAGCGGCACGCGCGCACACACACGGGAGACAAGCGCUUCGAGUGCUCGCAGUGUCAGAAGCGCUUCAUGAGGAGCGACCACCUGACGAAGCACUACAAAACGCACAUCAACACCAAAAACUUAUGAGCCGGUGCCCUCCGCCCCUCCCCUCCCCCCCCGCCACCAGUACAGAGAGCUGUGUGGCUGCACACCCGCCGCGGUGCCCGGUCGCCACGGAGACUGACCUACAGACACCAGCAGCAGGGAAAGGAGGAAGCGUUUCGGGACCGGGGCGACGAGCUGUGCUCUCCGCGAGGACGGAUGCCAAUCCGCUUUGCCCCGGCCUCACCCACCCCACUCUCCCACCACCCCCCCCCCCCCCCCCCCCGACCCCCAAAACCCCCGACCAUCUGCCUCCACCUCAUUGACCUCCUCCUUUGGGGAAGUGGUGCCAUGUGGGCGAUACAAAGCGUCUCCCCCUCCCUGGUGUGAGUUUGCUCCCGAUGCUGGCCCAGUGAGGAGAUGGAGGCCAGCUCCCUGUUCUUAAACAGGUGUGUGUGUGUGUGUGUGUUACAUGUUGGAGGGGGCCUGGCAGUGGGGUACCUCAGAGCAGCCAAAGUCUCUGAGGUCUGGGUCCAGGCUGUCAGGCCCCCCCCCCUCCAACCCCCCUCUUUACACCUCACCCCAAAAAAAACCUCACGCCCUGUGCCACGCCUCUCAAGUCACCCCCAAAGCAUUGUGGGUGAAGGAUAGCGAGGUGUGAGAGGAAAGACCUCAUCAGGGCGUCACCAACAGAUACUCCAGCCAAAAUAUCCCAUUAUCCAAUACUUUUUUUCUCAUUGUUUUAUUUAACAAAAGAGGCAUUGGUUUUUUUAAUUUGUUUUGGUUUGGUUCUUGUUUUGUUUUGUCUGUGUCUUAUUUCCUUACAUUUCCAUGUUGUAGUAAUCCCCAGACAUAACAUUUUGCUUAUCUGUCUUCUCUUUUGUCGGUACAAACAUGCAUCAGCACUCGUAUACUCAAGUAUGAGUAGUCCAUGCUCAGAUGUCGGUCGUAAUUAUUGAUUUUUAAAUUUGAUAGUUUAAAUUUUUCGGAAAUGUUGGCAUUUGUAUUGGCUCACAUUCUUAACACAAUGCUGUUAAAGAAGACAAGAUCAUUUCACUUGAUUUGUACUGGUCUUUUGUUAAAAUUUUCUAUGAUGAGACAAUCAUGUAGGGGGGAGAGGGAAGGUUUCUCUCACAAUGAAAUGGCAACUGAUGCUUAAAUCGUUGCUGUCCUCCUAGUGGUGUAUACUGGUAAUGCCUCUUCACUUGACGGUCACUGGCCAUAGUUUGUGGCGUUUGACAUAGCAGGGGUAGGACACCCCAGUAGACGAGACCACAAAUCCUCAUUUCAAUUAGUUGCAAAGCACAUUUGUAUGUGCCCCUAACACCCUUGAGACCAUUCUUCAGUGUUUUAUUUAUUUAUUUUUUUUCUAUGGAUCUGAAUCUCCUAAUGUAUCCACACACGUUUGACACAUUGCCCCCCCCUCCCCCCCUCUUUAUUUAUACUGAGUGAUUCUUGAGAGAAAAAAAUGGAGUAUUCUGAUGUUGAAUGGAACAUAUGGUUCAGUAUUCUGUUGUCAGGAGAACAUGGUUAACCUUGAGGGGAUGCGACCGGUAUAGCAGCGCUAUAGGGUGGUGUCACCCAGCUCACUCUGCUGACACACAUGCCCCCCCCCCUCUGGUGACCUGCCCAGGAACCUCAACAAGAACCUGCUAGAUAGGAAAAAGGCCCCUGUGCAUAUGGAUGUUUGUACUGUAAGUCUGUAUUUGUAUAUAUUGUGUCCUUAUUACGAUGUCUCGGAAAAAUUGGUUACAAAGAGCCUAGUAUUUUGGCUGAGCAGGCCAAAGGAAUCCUGAAGGAACGUGGACUCUGUACAGUGUAAAUGAGACAAACACAUGAAAUGAAAAGGAAUAACUUGUAAAGCUUCAUUCUUGCGCAGUGUGACCCCUUUUUUAUUAACUAAAAAAAAAUAAAAUGUUGCCUUAGACCGUUGCAACCAGUAUUUAAAGAAAUGAGAUUUUCAGUCUAAUUCCAGGGAACUGCAUUUGUAGAGUGGCGUUAAUAUUAUUUUUUAUUAUAUAUUUUUUUGUCUAACUUAUGUUGUACGAUGCCAGUUGAUGUGCACUGAUUACACCCCCAGUUUUGUGUGAUAUUUUUUUUUUUUUUUUUUUUAUAUUUUAAAGAAUUGUUUGGCCAUUUCAGCUUCAUAAAGAUCAGACUGGUCAGACACAAUAUGGCUCCAGUUUGUGGGGUCAUAAACAUAUCCUCCCCGAGCCUAAACUCCCUCUUUGUUUAAUGUGAUAGACUCCAGUCUAACUCCCUAUCUGCUCCCUCUGAUUCUUAUGUCUUUAUGACUUUCACUGAGGUGCUUACAUUCGAGAGCUUGCUAUAUAUAUUUUUUUUGUAUGUCACAAUCCCCGUCCCACGCUCCCCUCUCCCAAUAAAGCAUUCAAAACACCCAUA